AUUAUAACGAGACCUAUCAGGGCUGAAGCCACGGGCUUCUUAAGGCUCUCCACUUUGUUGCUUGCCUUUUGUGCAGUAGACACAGCCUCACUCAGCAAAGAUUCAGUCUUCAUCUCCCCCGCUCUCUUCGUCCAUGAUAUACCGGUACAAUAUGCUUUGCGUUGAACUCUUUUGAGUAGUUGCACGAGAGUCGAGAUAAUCAAGAAUGGCACAACGCAAUCAGAUGUACCAGGCCUUGAGACGCCGACAGAAGCCUGUUAGCAAUCCCCAAAUAGCACCCAUCGCUGCACUAUUUGAAGAUUGUCGCCAAAAUUUUGAGCGAUUGUGUGUUACUGCAAGAGGAGUCUCGAAUCCCAAUUCAGGAGUUUUGGAUCCCAAUUCAAUUCUGAUAGAAGACAAUUAUGGAAAGUUCUUGGCAUGGGGAAACGACACGGGGGCUUCAUCUCGAUCACUUGAUCAUACAUUACGAAAAGACUACGACCUCUCAGUAGUGACCUUGGACUUGCUGAAGACACUGUACGAGAAGCUCAACCAAGGAAUCGACAGAAUUCAAAGGACAGCUGAGGCUACCAUUGAGUUUGAUGAGUUAGAGAAUGAAGCUCUUGGGUCCAGUCUUACCUCAACCAGCGAUGGAUUUGCUUCGAUGAAGACAGAAACGUCCCACGAUGCCAAAGUGUCCCAAAUCCUUCAGUACAUUGAGGGUCUCGUGGGAUGUCUGAUGAAGCUAGCACCGAAUCUGUGUGACCCAUUUCCUCUCGACACCUACUCCAGAGAUGCGAAGCCAAAUGAUGCCGACGAGGACAUUAGCUUGGCCAAGAUCUUGUUUCCCACGGCGACACAAUCCCUACUUGAUAGGUUGGCAUGGGCGAACUGCAGACGACGGAAAUACUUGCAAGAUCUGCAACAAAGGCGUCAAGAGACGUCAUACAGUGCUCUGAACAUCAGGGACUACAGGCGUAACAAGAAGUCUCCGAUGAGAGAUGUCGCAGUUGAUGCUUUCAACUUCCAGAAACCAGGUCAAAUCGAGGACAAGCAUCUGCAAUCUCCGAAGCCUCGAUUCCGUCCGACGGCGAGCUACUUUGCCCCUCGCGCACCUAGUGAGGCAGGCGCGUCGUCGAUUAUGGAGAGUGUGUUUUCUCGUCCUACCGCCGAUUUGUCAUCGGCUGUUGGAACAUCAAUCCCGGAUGUGGAGGUUGUCUUCAAACCACGAACGGUUCCCAGGUUGCCAAUAGCCUUGGAAGGGGAGCCUGGCCGCAGUUUCUUGUGCCCCUAUUGCUUCGAUGACCUCGAGGUUGGCCUCAGCAUCGCAACAAAGGAUGACUGGAAUCUUCACGUCUUUGCCGACUUGGAGCCAUAUAUGUGUACUUUCGAUAAGUGCUUGAGGGCGGAAAAGACUUUCGCAAUUCGCGACGAGUGGUUCAGGCAUGAGUUGGAGAGUCACCGAAUCCUUAAAGUGUGGGUGUGUCACUCAUGCGUCAAAGAAUUCAGUUCCGCCCAGGCGUUUGAAGAGCAUCUUCAAUUGAACCAUGGCAAUAUUUCAGGCCCAAGUCAGAUGGCCAUGAUGAUACAAUUAUGUGUGAAACACUCGCAGAUUCAUCCCAAGGAAGAAGUCUGCCCGCUGUGCGCCUUGAAGCUUUGUGUAGAGGAAAUGCGGGAUCAUAUUGCUAGCCAUCUUCAGCAGUUUGCGCUGACGUCCAUAAAUGGAGAUGAGUCGUCUGAAGAAGAUGACAGUGAUGACAUCCAGUCUGUAAGGUUCCCCGAAGAUAAUGAAUCGGUAGUGGGACAGACCAAACUCAAGAUUUUGGAGGACUUCGUGGACGAACAAUUGGGUUUCGUUUUGCCGGACAAGAAAGCUGUAGCAGACACAAAUGUGGAGGAAUCAGUACUUGAUUUUGUUCUGGACUCAGAUGACGAGGAAGAAGAGGAGGAAGGCCAUGCAGGGUUAUCUAGAAAGCAACGGGUCGAAGAAGCCAGAGACUGGAAGCUAGGAAAUUAUCUAGAACAUCGCUCUGGAAAGAUAGCUGGCGCCAGCAACGACCGGAAUCGCUUCAGUAAAUCCCCGAUGAGAGGGGGAAUGGAUGCAAGGAUGCAGAAUCCUCAUCUCUCAAGCUCUUCGACGAGCGUUCGGACAAAACUGCGAACGCAACCGCACCCCCGAGAAGAUGAUUUCGUGGGCAGAGACGGCGACCUCGCAACGAUGUACCGGGUACUCUCCACGGCAGGUCGGAUCUGUACAAUAUGCGGCACAGGAGGGAUCGGGAAGACGGCCACCGCAAUCGAAUACGAUCAUCGAUAUGAGAACGCCUACUCAUACAUAUUUUGGAUCCAAGCAGAGACUCAUGUCGGAACUGCAGACACAUUCAGCCUCAUUGCCACGGUUUUAGGUCUCGCUCCGGACGGUGAGGAGCAGAAACAAUUGAUCGAGCUAGGACGCGAAUUCCUAGAACAGACAGAGAAGAGAUGGCUGUUAAUCUUUGAUAACGUCGAGAAAUGGACAGAUAUUGAGGCGUACAUACCAGUAAACAUGCCGGCAACGCAAGGAUCAGUUCUUAUCACAACUCGACUCACGGAUCUGGAGCCAACACCAAUCCCUACGAACUAUUUUCGAAUCAACUUGAAAGAGAUGACCCCGGAUGAGCUUCAAUCUUUGCUGAUCCAGAGUUUGCAGCCCAGUCUGAAGCAUGAGAAAGUCCGCUUCCACCCGGAGUGGAAGACUGCUGGAGAGAUUGCAAGUCUGGCAGGACUACCCUUGGCAAUAAGCCAGAUCGUCGGAUACGUGAAGACGUCUGGAUGUACUCUUGCCGAGUUCUUGGAAUUGUGGAAUGAAUGGUGGAAAAACAGUGUUUCUUCUCGACCAACUGGUGCUUCCUCAAAUGCGGCACUCGAAGCUAUCUGGGAUAUUGGGUUGAACGAACUAGGGAAGGAUGGGCUGAAACUUCUCAAAAUAUUGGCCUUUGUCGAUAGCGAUGGGAUUCAAAAAGAGUUGCUGAUGAAUGACCACACGUUUCCUGGCCUCGCAUUCCUCAAAUCUUCAACACAAGUCCGUUUCCGGAACAUGGUCACUCAGCUCACCGAGAGAAAGUUAAUAACAGUCAGACAGCAGAACGGUCGGGAUAUAUACUCUGUCCAUCGACUUUUGCAACACCGACUGUUGCAAGAUCUUGCUGAGAGUCCAAAGGAACGAGACGAAACCUUCGUCCUUGCCUUUGAGCUAAUUCGGGAGCGACUUCCGAAGCCAUCUGGCGUCCAUGAUUCAACAAAGUGGAACGCCUUCAAGGAGUACCUGCCCCAUGUCUUGACCCUGCAAAGAAUAUACGUGGAUGCUGUCCCACCGAUUGCCCCGUUCCUGGGACUGGCAAGUCUGUUUAAAGAUGGUGGUGUGCACUUGUGGCAGCGUGGGAUGAUCUAUGAUGGGCUUCGACUGCUCAACUCAGCUGAAACGAUAUUGGAUUUACUCGAAUGCCAAGAGGAUCAGAUGAGAAUAGACAUCCACAUCGCGAUCGCUCUUUUGAUUCAGUACUUUGGAAUAAGCCACCGAAAAGAGAGCAAGGAACGCUUCUGGAAGAUUUUGCAAAUUCGGAAAAAGGCAGCUUGGGCCAGCACCAACACAUCACUGCCAACGAAAGAACACGGACUACUGGUGUGUAACGCUCUUGCUGAUUAUGGAAAUUGCCUUCUCCAAUUCAAUAAUUACAAGGAAGCAGAGCAAAUUUAUCAAGAGUGUUACGUGAAGUACCAAGUUUGGGGAACGGAGGACGAAAUCCCUUUUGAAUACGCAAAGUUCAACCAUCAUAUGGCCCUUUGUCGGAUGUAUCACAAGGAUUUCAAGGGCGCCCAGAAGCUAGCGGAGAGGGCAGUCGAGCUUGUCUCGCGGCAACCUGGAUCACCUCAACUAACGCUGAGGUUCAAAUUUGAUCUGGCAACGAUCAUCACACAGAGUGGAAAUAUCGAAAAAUCGCUUGAAAUUCAAGAGCAGAUCUUGAAGGCACGACUUGUUCUGCAGGGAAAUGGCAAGACCAACUAUUUUACCCUGCAGAGCUACUAUGCUGUUGGUGCAUUGUAUGCACAACUGAAGAAGUGGGAUGAAGCAGAAGUGAACUUGAGAACAGCUCUUAUGAAGGCAAAAGAACGAGCAGACAAGGGGUUCUGGCCGGAAGCAGCGGUAGCACGAACAGAGUUCCACCUCUCCCAGAUCAUAAGGGGGAGAGGUAACGACUCGGCAGAGGCAGAAGGAUUGGUGACAAAGGCAAGAUCUGUCCUCUCGAGGCUCCUGCCGUACGAUCCACUGGACGGAGUGGCGGCGGAGGAUGAACUUGCUUUGUUUGAUCAUUUGCAGCCUGUCUUUGGGGGGCGUUUUACAGGAGUGUCUCUUCUGAAGUAUAUUUUGUAAACCAUAUGCUACGUCCUGCUGGGGUUCAUGGAUAGCUGGAGUUGUUUGGGUAGCGUUAACCUUCAUAUGUGGGGGUACAGGAUGGAUAUUAUUUUUCUUCGCUUUUUCUCGGAAGGUAGGGAUGGAUGACCAUUGUUGGUUAAAGAUGGAGGGCGAAGGGGAAAAUGAGGGGAGAAGCAUACUUCGUACUAAACAGAGCAAUGAGAAGCAGACAGAUUGGAAUUCCGGAUAACCGUGGUAGUCUCUGUUUCCGCAAUCGCUGGUAGACUGUCUCCUCGAAACUAGCCCUUGUACUAAUUCUGGG